AUGACGCCUAAUCUUUGGAAAUUUACACAAGAAUUAGCUAGUUUAAGCAGAAUCAACGAUAUAGACAAGGAAAAAAUCAAGUGUGUUUCAAUACAUGCGAUUACAAAUGCUGCUUUAGAACAAUUUAUCUCGCCAAAACUAAAAGAUUAUGGCCCAAAAAAUAAAAUGUCUGAUUCUGAUAAAUUUGAUGGCUUAGAAACAAGGAAACAUUUAUUAGUAAAAGAUGAAGAAUUUAUAUCAAUUAAGAGACGUCAAAUGGAUAUGAAAUCGCCUAAUGUUGAAUGGAUCAUUGACGACAUAAACAUAAGUGAAUCAUUUUUCAGUUUAAAAGAACAUGCUAUUUCUAUGGCGAAUGAACAUAAACUUACUUAUUCAAAUCAUCCGGGUGAAAUGCUGGCAUUGAAUUCCAUACUUCUUUUGGAAGAGAAUUCUAUUCGCGCACAAUUGAAUAUACCUUCAGAUAUUCGGAGAAAGGUCUUCAAACAAAUGAAGGAUAUGUACCCAAAACAAGAUUUACCAAAUGUAGUUAAUGAAUUUUGUCGUCGGUGCGCGAAGAUUGCAAGAGAAAAUUCUCGAAUUAAUUUAGAAGAUUCUAUUGAAGAUGUUUAUGACGAUUUGAAGAAAAAUUCGACUGAUAAACAUUUGCUCAGGACAUGCCAGAAAGUUUGGGGACAUAUUGUUGAAAAUUGGCGUACAUCUUUUGAUGAUCCAUUAACAAUUGAUACUUAUGUGCACCAUCUGAUGCACUUUAUUUUGCGACCUUUUUUUCCAGAUGAGCUAGGAAGAACAGUUAAUUGGGCUAAUAAGAUGUCAUUAGCAAGUGCAGCUAGGAAAAUAGAUUCCGAUGGUGAAGGUCAUCGACCCGAUUUCAUGUUCACUAUCGAUCUUAAUGGAUAUACCAAAUUUGAAAUCGUGUUUGGUCUUUUCAAAUCACCCAUCAAAGCCAAUUCACAAUUGAUAAAUGUCGACUUGGUUGAUUUGGGAGUUCUUAUGAAAGACUCACUUGAUAAUAUCUAUAAUAAAGGAGUUGAAUUGGAAAUGGUCGUCUUUGGAAUUCACUCAUUUGGGUAUAAUAUUAGAAUUUAUGCAAUGGAUCUGUCGUAUGAUGGCAUAUACAGGAUGUUUUUGUUAGGAGAAUAUGAAUUACCAAGGAGCAAUAUUAGUCUUGGUUUGGUAGAAUUUGUUUUAUAUGAAAUUGUAAACUUAAAGAGAUUGAUAGGAGAAUUUAUUGAGAAACUUCCGCUCUAUAGAUUGACCAAUACUAAUAAUAAUGAGAAAACUCCAACAGGUAAGAUUAUGAUGAUUAGGAAAACUUUGGCAACUCCAAAAAAG